GGUGCUGGGAAUCGGUUGGAUACAGACUGAGCAGCAACGACAAUAGCAGUAGUGCAUGCAGCAACUCCAACGCUGCGGAAAGAGAAGAAAGAUCACACCCGAGUACACGUUGAAGAAGAGCCUUGUCGGGUAGCGAAUGCGCACCUGCAGGUUGCUGCGACGUGGUCGCAUGGAAGUUGAGCCGUGGAUGGGUGUGAGCUGCUACCCCGUCGGUCCGUCGCUCGUCGGCGGUGUCCCAUGUGUUCGCCCCGGCUACGACCACUUCAAGUACAUCCGCCCGCAACGUCCGGUGCGUGCCAUCGGUUUCGAUAAGCCCCUACCUCCUGCCCUCUUCAACCGACUGGAUCAGAUCAUUCUCAUUGAAAACGCGUUAGCCUUACAGCGCACGGAGAACCAGAUUUCUGUGACGCUGUCGCAGCUGGCGCUUGGCAUCCGCAACGCAGAAAACUUUCUCGAAAAGCACCUCAUGAACAAAGAGGUACGACCCUCGCUGCACACGCUGUGGUUCCACGAGCACGGGCUGCGCGAGAACUCGCACGUGCUGUCGAACCUCGCCGCCCACCACCUAGUCCCCCUCUUCAGCCUCGUCAGCUACGACGUGGAGCGCGGCAAGAUGACGAUGUUCCAAGCAGAGGAACUCUACGAGGAGCUCAUGGACUGCUCCGCCGCCCAGCCAAAGGUGGUGCAGCGCGAGUUGGGGAAUCAGAUGGUACGAGUCUACUGCCUGCACGACGAGUACGACAAGGCACUUCAGGUGAUCGAUGAGAUGCGUGGGAAGCACGUUCGGCGCACCUUUGUCACCUACGCCCCGCUCUUCCGCAUGAUUCGCCUCCGUCAGGACGCGGAGCAGCAGAUGCGGCUGCUGGCGUACAUGUACAAGACGGAGGGGGGUCGGCUGCCGAAGUUCCUGUACAUUGAUCUGCCCCGAAUGCUCUACAUGUUUGGUGUCUUCAUCCGCUACAACUGGGUGCCCAUCAACGUCAUUUUCACGAUGCUGACGACGGCGGUGAUUUUGCGCUAUAUGAACUUCGCAUCGUGGUAG